GGAUAACUUGGACGGUCAACUGGCACCUGAUCAGUCUGAAAGUGGCUCACCAUGGGCCGCCGAAAACAAGCCUCGCUUCCACCAGAGGAGGAAGCCAUCAUCUUGGCCAAUGUUGCUGAGCGAGCAGAGCGGUACGACGACAUGGUUGAGUACAUGAAGGACAGAGUAAAAGCUGGCAAAGCUCUCAGCAGAGAAGAGAGAGAAAUGCUUGCCGCAGCCUUCAAGGAGGAAGCGGACAAAGAGAAAAAUGCUGCCUUGACAUCAGGUUAUUUGACCAAGGUCCGCUUGGAGUUGCAAGGUCUUUGUAUCCAGAUCCUCGAGCUGAUCGAGGGAAUUCUUUUGCCAAAAGCAGAGAAUGGGGAGCCGAUGGUCUUCUACAAGAAACUGCAAGCCGACUAUUACAGAUACCUGGCAGAGUUCCUCGAAGGGGAUGGCCACAAAGAGGCAGUUGCCAGCGCGAUUGAAGUCUAUGCAGAUGCGACGGCUGAGGCAGAGAGGCAUCUCAUGGUCACGCAUCCUGUGCGCCUUGGGCUCGCUCUGAAUUAUGCAGUCUUCCAGCAAGUGAUCCGCAAGGACGAUUCCUCGGCCGUGCGGAUAGCGAAGGUUGCAAGCUCAAUCAGUUUUGUGAUCUUCACCAAGCAAUCAAAGACGCUUCGAACAGCACAGAAACCAUCAGAAGCCUGCACUGGUCCAGUUAGGAUGCAUAUUUGUCGGCUGUGCGGGCUCUUGAAGGCAUGCCACAGGAAGCUGUAAGGGACGCCCAUCCAAUACUUGCGCUGUUGCAGGAAAAUCUGCAGGUCUGGUCACCUGAGGGCUUCUCUUAGUUGGACCAGCCAUGUUUCACCGGCUCCGUUCAGAGUGUAGUAACGUCACA